CAGUCAGUACUCGCACUCUGCAUCAUAUGACAGGAGCGGGACCAGCUUAAGGUACCCCCCCCCCCCCUCAUAAGACACACUCUAUCCCUUCCUCCCCCACCCCCCACAACCCCUUCCCAUUCCCUCCUCCCUCCCCACACAUUCCUCGGAAGGAUGCCCUUAUCUCAACUCCUCAUUUAACUGCCUUCUGAUCACCGCUAUCGCCGACAACAGUGCAUCUGCUCAGAAGAGAAAGAGAGACAAACAGGGAGGAAGAGGCUUCAAAGAAGACGGUUCCUGCUCCGUGGGAAUUGCUGCUGCAACAACUUCUACGUGAUCGCAAUAAAAACUAUUCUAGAGGACAGAGAGAGAAGAAGACAGAGAGAGAGAAAGUUGUACCUGAUCAUUUGGCUCGAUCUGUUUUAUCAUCGCUUAUUUAUUUCUCAAGGAAGGCAGAAACUGUUACAAGAAAAGAAAGAGGCCAAGAUUUGGAUUCGAGCUGUUGAAUUCAUGGACUGGUGCGUUUUGGCUUCUUCAGAAAUCGCUCAUAAACAAUAACAAGAGGGGAAAAGGCGUCUCUGAGUUGCUGCUUGAUUCCUGUGUGUGUGUGUGUGUGUGUGUUGUGGUGUCCGUGGGUGGGGAGAUCUCUCUGCCUCUCUCCCCUGCCUUUAUUUUUUUGUUGUGGAAAGCAUGUUGCUCGAUGCGGGACCCCAGUUCCCGAGCCUCGGGGUGGGCACAUUCGCCAGGCACCACCAUCAUCACCACCACCAUCACCACUCUGGCGCCGAUAUGUCCGAACGGGACCUCGGCUUGUCUCAGAACAGCUUCGUCGACUCGCCUCACAUGGGAGCUUUCAAACUGAACGGCGGAGUGCACCACGACCUGUCGUCCCCGGGUCAGAGCUCGGCUUUCAGCUCGCAAGCCACCGCCGGGCCGGGCUACGCGGCCGCUUUGGCUCCCCACGCCGCUCAUGUGAGCUCAUACUCGGGCGCCGCUUUCAACUCCACCCGGGAGUUUCUGUUCCGGAGCCGAGGCUUCAGUGAGUCGAGCCCAGGCUCCAGCCAACACGGGAUCUUCGGGCCGAACCCGGGCAGCCUUCACUCCGAGCCUCCGGGGCAUCUGCUGUUCCCCGGGAUUCAUGAGCAAGGAGGAUCCCACUCGUCCCCAAACGCUCACGUCCUCAACGGUCAGAUGCGCCUGGGUCUACCCGGGGAAGUGUUCGGCCGCUCGGAUCAGUGCCCCAGGACUGACCCUUACUCGGCGGCUCAGCUCCACCACCCCAACUAUAGCCACAUGAACAUGAGCAUGAAUAUGGCAGCGGCUCACCACCACCACGGCCCCGGAGCUUUCUUCAGGUACAUGAGGCAGCCCAUCAAGCAGGAGCUCAUCUGCAAGUGGGUCGACCCCGAGCAGAUGAGCAACCCCAAGAAAUCGUGCAAUAAAACUUUCAGCACCAUGCAUGAGCUGGUCACCCAUGUCACAGUGGAGCACGUCGGCGGACCCGAGCAGACCAACCACGUCUGUUUCUGGGAGGAGUGCGCCCGGGACGGCAAACCCUUCAAAGCCAAAUACAAACUGGUGAACCAUAUCAGGGUGCACACGGGAGAGAAGCCGUUCCCCUGCCCUUUUCCCGGCUGCGGAAAAGUUUUCGCCAGGUCCGAGAACUUAAAGAUCCACAAACGCACCCAUACAGGUGAAAAGCCAUUUAAGUGUGAGUUUGAAAGCUGCGACAGGCGCUUCGCCAACAGCAGCGACAGAAAGAAGCACAUGCAUGUGCACACUUCAGACAAACCCUAUCUGUGCAAAAUGUGUGACAAGUCCUACACACAUCCCAGCUCUCUAAGGAAACAUAUGAAGGUGCACGAAUCGUCACAAGGUUCGGAGUCCUCACCGGCAGCGAGCUCUGGUUAUGAGUCGUCUACUCCCCCGGUCCUGGUUUCUCCGUCUACCGACCCCCAAAACAGCAAUAAUUUAUCUCCUGCCUCGUCUGCAGUGCACACUAGCGCCGGCAUUUCCUCCAACUUCAAUGAAUGGUACGUUUAAAGAGCAAAGAAACGCAAAAACACACACACACAUAGACACACACAACACACACACACACACACGCAAAGACUACAGGCCUCCAACUUGGGAGAUCGGCGUCAGUGCUAACUUAACGUUAAAAACAAAAUGUAAAAACAAACUUUUUCCAAGUUAAUGGGAAACGGAGAACACUGUAACCCUUCCGUACAAGCAAUAUCCAGUUCCAGAGAUUUUGCAGAGGCGAAGAUCAGCAUUAUUUAUAUCUUACUGAAUGAACCUUUUGACUACUUUUCCAACUUGGAACACAGUUGCAGCCUGUUAGUAUGAACUGUACCUGGAAUCCUUGAUGAAAUACAAUUAUUCUGCGGUGACUAUGGAUAUCUUUCCUAAGGAGACAUGACAUUUCCAGAUUGCGCACAAAAUGGAAGCUUGAAGGACACAGAAAUGAUUUCCUUGUCGCUGUGUUUUAAUGUUGAGAUUUAUGUCACCUUUUUUCAGGGCGACCGAUUGUAGAAUCUUCAUGCAAUUCUAUAGAGUGAAACCUGUGCCAAAGUCAAAUUGCAGUUCACAAACACACACAAAAAUGCAAAUAAUUGCUUGUGAAUGUAUUUUUUUUUCUCUCUGUUAGCUGGGUUUUUAAAUCUUGUGAUGUUUUGUGCUUUGCCAGUUUGAAUUGUGAAAUGCUCUUGGAGAUUGUGAAAAAAAAAGGUUGUGCCGUUAAUUUUGUAACAACAAAUACUCAUUCUGUAAAUAACCGCGUUGCCAUAUUUAUCCCAUUUGUAAUUAAAUUAUGGUAUUAACUUGCUACACAUGAAACAAUAUUUAUAAAGAAUGUUUCUUAACUAUAAAUAUGUACAAUCGUGAGUUAAACAUGAGAGUGUUCGGAUGGCUUUGUUUUAAUUUCUAGAUAAAGCAACGUUUUCCCUUCAUGUGCGAUGUCCUGAGAUCAUUAACAGCAUACAAAUAAAUAAUAAAACAUGUUGCCAGUGGA